GCCUGAGCUGGCCCAUCUUAUCUCUUAGUCAAGUUGACAAGGAGCUAAGUCAACUCUCAAUGCCGGAAAGGCUAGUGCGAAGCUGUAGCCUGAGCUCAAGCUGACGAAAUUUGUAUCUUGCUAUUAUGUUAUUAUGUUAUAUGCAAUCCUUGGACGCUGCUGCGUAGAGACCUUCGAAGUCGUGAUUCCCACCCUACUAUCUUUAUUGAUUCUUCGAUCUACCUUCUUACUCCGGUGGUGUCCCUGUCCGUUCUUUUCUAUAACUUUGCAAAGUACCAGUCGUUGUAUCUAGUGUCUACUUGCAUCACUUCAACAAAAUGGGGGCCUACGAUAAUGAAACGCUUGCAAUUGAAGAACUUCCAACAUACAGCAGUCCUUCACCUUUCACCCCCGGGCGUGAUGGCUCUCCAAGCUCAUCUGAGAGCAGGAUAUGCAAAGAUGCGCGUGUGACCAUUCACGAUGCCCCAACACAAUCCAGCAUCGACGAGAAACAUAAUGUCCGGUUCUCUGUCCAAGAUGAACUUGUGACUUCCCCAAGUUGUCCUCAAAAUUCUACAACGCCAACCUCCAUCUCCAUCCGCAAUGCCUUCGGGAGAUGCUCGAAUUUUAUCCACGAAUGGACGCCGUUUCUGCUUGUCAGCUCUUAUUUUGUUUCAUCUAUCUUUGCAUAUAUGCUGUUUCCAACAAAACUCUUAGAAGUUUUCUGGUUCAUAUAUAAUUUCACAAACUUUAUCAUUGCUGCAUCUACAGCACUAGAAGCGUUUAUGAGUAUGGAACCAAGUCGAGAGGCGCGUCUUACUGUUACAAAAGCCGCUGAAAAGGGCUGGAAGUUCGCUACACCAGAUGAUGACCUAUUGAUCGUGGAUAUUGUCAUUGUCGCAUACCUUCCAAAUGAACAAGACAUUAUAAUGGAUCGGAUAAAUUAUGCGUGUCAAAAGUUGGAAUAUCCAACUGACAAAAUUCGCAUAAACAUUGUUUACAACACACCUUUCCCAAUUCAAUCCCUCGAGGAGGAAAUGUGGGAAGCGACCGCCAAAUAUCCACAGCUUCGAAUUAUCAAGGUUGAAGGCUCUACAUCGAAAGCUGACAACCUCAAUUACUAUCUCAGUCUAGAUACAGGCUCUGAUGUUACUGCUAUCUAUGAUUGUGACCAUUACAUACACCCCCAUAGUCCUCGAUGGGCAAUUGAACGUUUCAUCAAGGAGAAGGGCAAGGUUGAUAUCGUUCAAGGCCGAUGCAUCGUUUUUAACACAGGCGCUUCGUUCCUUACCAGUCUCAUCAGCAUAGAAUUUGACAAGAUUUAUGCCGUCUCUCAUCCUGGAAGGGCAACCAUCUGGGGGUUUGGUCUGUUUACAGGAUCUAAUGGAUACUGGAGAACAUCACUUCUUCGAGACGUAAAGAUGGACGAGAAUAUGCUCACUGAAGACAUCGACUCUGCACUUCGAACUGUAGGUCGAGGAUGUAAUAUUGUUCACGAUCUCAAUGUUGUGUCAUAUGAGUUGGCACCUACGACUUUUGGAGCGUUCUGGAAACAACGUCUAAGAUGGGCACAAGGAUGGGCACAGGCAAGCUUGAAACAUUCGAUUUUGACCUUCAAUCGCGCCAAGGAAGGAAAGAGAAUCUUCACAACACGAUUUGGACUACUCAACUUGUUGCUCAUUCGUGAGCUCAGUUAUUACUUGGUCACCCAAUUUGCUUGCCUGGUAGCUAGCUUUAUUUUUCUCAAUUUUCCCUUGACCCCAGCAGCGUUCUGGAAAACUGUCUUCUUCCAAUAUCCGGUUUCUGAGUGGUUCUUUUUCGUUAGUAUUUUCUGUUUGAUUGGCACGCUCUGGGUCACCAAUCAAGUUAAAUCAGAGUUUGCGUCACGAUGGAUGAUCAUCAAGUUCUCGAUUGCCUAUCCAUUUUAUUUGCUAUUUUUGGCAACGAUAGGUCUGUAUGGACAUGCUCGGCAGUUGACUAAAUACUCAUCUUGGAACCCUACUGCAAGAUCGUAGAUGAUGGUACGAAUAGCUUAUGAAUUUGUAUAUACAUUUUAAUUGGAGGGUUUCUGGAUGGCAUUUAGGGCGGAAAAGUUAGAAUAUAGAGAUGCAUUGGCUUUGAUGCCUUUGAAAAAAAAUUAUGUUACAUUAUGUUAAAUUA